AACCAUGAUCUUAGCCAGUCUGAUUACUUCAGACAACACAAAGGAAAAAAAAAAAAAAUAUUUCAUUGCAUUAGUAAUUUAUUAAUUUAUUAUCAAUGGAAAAAAUAAAUUUGAAUCUUUCAAAUCGACCGAAAUUAAACAUUUUGGACAAACCAUUAAGUCGUGGAAAGGGCGAAGUUUCACUUAGUUGCUAUGCGUUGCUUUUUUCGGAAGUGAUUCAAUAUUCUCAGAGUCGUGUCAAUACCAUCCCUGAUUUGCAAAAUAAGCUUCAUGAUCUAGGGAAAGAUGUGGGAUGUAGAAUCAUUGAUCUCUAUUUCGUAAGAGAACGGAACUCUAAGCGCGAAACUAAACUGAUCAAUAUGCUAUUAUUCAUAAAAACUACUCUUUGGAAGACACUGUUCGGUAAAGAGGCAGACAAACUGGAACAUGCAACCGAUGAUGAGUGCACAUACUAUAUCAUAGAGAAGGAGCCAUUGGUCAAUAAAUUUAUCAGCGUACCGAAGGAUAAGGGUUCUUUAAAUUGCGCCGUGUUUGUGGCCGGUAUCAUCCAAGCGGUACUAUCGAACUGCGGUUUCGUAUGCCAAGUAUCAGCCCACUGGCAUAAAGGAACGACUUAUAUGGUUAAAUUCGAAGAACACGUAAUCAACCGCGAUAAACAGCUAGAAGAAAAAUAAAAGUAAUUGAUAUAUCUUUA